GGGAGUGGAACCUCAACCCAGCACGUUAUCGUGAUAGAGGAUGCAGAGGCUGCAGGUCCUGGGGUCAAGCUUGAGAGGUCUGAAGGAGAGGAGGACCCAAGACACAGAAGAGACAUCCAGACUGCAGCAGCUGGAGCUUCCCCUGAGGCCAUGGAGGACCUCACCGCUGCGCCCCAGCCCAGGACCCAACGCAGCAUCACGGAGGAGGAGGGUCCAGAGGUGCUUCUGGUAAAGGAGGAGGGGUGUGAGGAGGGUCUGGGGAACCCUGAGGGGACCAUGGUCAUGGAGGACAACCAGACUACACCUCCUCCUGAACCCACAGAGGAACCAGCUGAGCAGCACAGGACCACACACAGUUUCACUGAGUCAGUAGACAUGGAGGAUGGGAAGCCUGAUCUGCUGCUGGUCAAAGAGGAGACAAUAGAAGAUGGACCAGAGAAUAUUGAUCUGCUGAGUGGACUAAAGAUGGGGGAGCAAGGUGGUUGGUUGGAGGAUUACAGAGGAGACUGGGUGGCCAUCUUGGAUUCCCAGACCCAGACGGGUGCAGCCAAGAGCCAGGGGGAUGACAUCACUGAGCAGGCCAGGACCAGAGGCGACAUAGUGGAGGUCAGUGGAUGGGACAGCGUCCUCAACUCUAGGCUGGGGAACAACACUGUUAACCACAACCAGAAAAAGACAAUCGAACACAAAACAACAACCAAACUUAGUCUCCAUGACAACAGACUGGCUGAGACCAGGAUGAGACAUAGAUUUGGUCCGGGUGGAAGGGGAGGUGUCCGUAUGCAGCUGGAGAGAACAGACAUAGACUUGGCUAGCGAUGCUCCUUCCUGCUCCUAUAGUUGUGAUUCAGAGAGACUUAUGGCGCCUCAGGUUAACCCCCUAACAGGUGCUGCCUUCAGCCUGCCUUCUAUAGGAUCUAUCAAUUGGAACAUGGAUCCUGUGACAACACAGACACUCCCUGGUCAUUGUCCUCCUCAGACUCUCCUAAUGUUAAACCAGACCUCAGACAAUGCCAGUGCCUCAACACUGAGUGGCUACACAAGCCCAUUGACAAAUGACAGUAGUAGAGAUGGAAUCAGUAAAGGUGGCGGCGCCAAAGAAAAGCACUUCCCGUGUUCGUUCUGUGGCAAAGUCUUCAGUUUCCCCAAACAGGUGGCGAUCCACCAGAGGAUGCACACGGGGGAGAAACCGUUCGGCUGCCACGUGUGCCGGGCCAGUUUCUCAGACUCAGCCAACCUGAAGAGGCACCAGAGGGUCCACACAGGGGAGAAACCCUACAGCUGCCCCCAGUGUGAGAAGAGGUUCUCCCACCAGCCCCAUCUGAAGAGGCACCUGAAGAUCCACACUGGAGAGAAGCCGUUCCCCUGUAUGCACUGCGAGAAGAGGUUCUCAGAGAGGGGCUACCUCAGGAUACACCAGCAGAAAAUGCACACCGCCCAUGUAUAGAGGAUAGUGACAUGUAAUGUAGUACUAGUUAGUUUGUUUGUAGUUAAUUCUGUUGAUUUUGGAUGUAUAGGGAACUGGAUGAGGUGACCUGAGGAAAUAAUUAGUAUGAUGAGGCAGAGUAGAUGAUACGGGGAUGGUUGGUGUGAUGGUGUCUGUACAAAUGCUUCACUGAUGAAGUGACAAUUUUGUCCUGUUCUUUGAUGUUGGUGUUUAUUUAUAAUGAGGAAAUUAUAGUGCCUUAAUUGUACUUCAUUUUAUGUGAAUGUAUGACCAUUGUGUUUCAAUUAAAUACUAA